UCUCCGAUUGUUCGAUCUUUGUAAUCUCCUUUACAACUCCGAACCGCAACAAUGGCGGCGAUAUUUAGCGUCGUCAUCUCGCUAAUUGUACUUCUCACGGCUGUUAGGGUGUUUGCAAUGUCGCCGCCGACCGGAUGCGCCACCAGAGAGCUGCUCUUGUUGUCGCCAUGUUUGCCUUACAUCUCUGCUUCGCCGAUCCGAUACGGUUCCUUCCGCUUGCUGCGAGCGGUCUCCUCCGCCUACGAUUCCAUUCGGCGGCAUUUGCCAAUGUUACUUUCGUCGAGGACCUCAGAUUUGGGGCUUUCCGUUGAACAGUACGAAGCUGAUCGCUCUGUCUUCGUUUUUUUUUCUCUCAAUGGUGGAAUGUAUUUGGAGAAGAAUAAUUCUCCAGACUCGCUCUGUGCUGCAAUUCUUGUUUUCCGCUUCAUGAACUCUGCCUCCUCUUCGAAGCUCGAAGAUUCCAGGAAUUCAAGAACCUGA